AACAAAGAGACUGUAACUAACACAGCCACUGCCACUCCCAGCCAACCACCAGCACAGCCCCCUCCCACCCAGCAGCAGAUCCAGCCCUCCCAGCUAGUCUACCUGCAAACUCCUCCUAACAGUCAAGGUCAAGUCCAGUAUGUGUUGGCAGCUCCAGCAUCCCUGGCUCAAGGUUCUAUGGUAGGCAUGUCUCCUGUGGUGUCUGCCCAGACCGCAACCCAGCCCAUAAUGAUGACUCCCAAUGCUGGCCAGAUGAUGCAGGCAGGAUCACAGGUACAGCAGAACAACAUGAUGCAGAUUGUGCAGCCGAGUGGAGGUCAGGUGAUGCCGGUGGUGCAAUGCGCUGGACAAAUGGUGGUUCAGGGCAAUCAGCAGACUAUCAUGGCCAGUAACCAGGUGCAGGUUGGCAUGCAAAAUCAGACAGUUCCGGUGGCACAGAGCAACUACACAACACAGUCAACGCAGCAGCAACGACCGCAAUAUGCAAUGUCCUCCUCCACUAAUCAAAUGACUACACCCACCCGACAGUUCAACCAACCAAACAGCACGACACGGAUCAAUCAGGGCACCGUAGGUCGGGCAAAGACAGUACAGCAACCUCCACAUCCCAGGGUUACCAACAGUAAUGAGAUCAGCACGGAAGACAUCAUGUUGGUCCUGCAGGAGCAUACGGACAACCAAGAGAGCCUGACAAACCUAGAGACUCUGACAGCUAAGACCAUACGCGAAUGGCUGGAGGCCAAGCUUAAUGUGGACUUGUCAGGUCGAGAAAAGCAGAUCGACCAAGUACUCAAGGCUUGUCAAACGCUUGAUGAGUCAAUUUUGCCAGACAACCCACCCACCACAGAACCCGAUGCACCAAGCUCCAUUCCAAAAAUUAAUCUUAGACCCAAGAAGAAAAAAUCCAUUCCUUUUACCAAGUCUGAUGAUGAACGAGAUGAAGAUUUCAAUCCUUGGCAGGAAGCGAAAAAGAAGAAGGGAAAGAAGAGGAAGUAGACAAGAUAGUUAUUAUUGGAUUAGCUAAUAAGUUUAAAUUUAUCUGUGUUCAGGAUAUGAUGUUUUAAACUUUUAGUUUAGUAGCCUAUUUUUGCACUCAAAUAGUUUCAAAGCAUGUUUAAAGUAUCCUUAAUGCAAACUUGCGUUCAUUGUCUUGUUCAGUCUUCCUGUGAACUUUACUAUAUUUUCAAUCAAGCACAUGUUUUUAUUGAUAAAGUAAGUAAUAUAUGUUAAAUAGGCAUUCUCAUUUUGAUUAUUAUUGUUGGCUAGGAUUAGAUUAUUUAUAAUA